AGUAGUGGCAGGAAUAGGAUGGACAGAUUUGGUAGCGUUCUGCUGUUGUCUUUGGUUGUGUUCCCUAAAUUUGAAGGAGCUUUAGCUGCUUGGCUGAGUGCCUAUGCAACCUUCUAUGGAGGGAGUGAUGCUUCAGGGACAAUGGUAGGAGGUGCAUGUGGGUACGGAAACCUGUACACGGAUGGUUACGGAAUCAACACAGCGGCAUUGAGCACAGUACUGUUCAACGGGGGCAAGGCGUGCGGAGGUUGCUAUGAGAUUGUGUGUGACGCCACCAAGGUGCCCCAGUGGUGCUUGAAGGGUACCUCUAUCACUAUUACCGCCACAAAUUUCUGUCCUCCAAACAACGCUCUCCCAAAUGACAACGGUGGAUGGUGCAACCCUCCACGCCAGCACUUUGAUAUGUCACAACCCGCUUUUAAGAAGAUUGCAAUCUAUAGGGCAGGGAUUGUGCCUGUGCUAUAUAGGAGGGUUGGAUGUCAAAGAAGUGGAGGCAUCAGAUUUACGAUCAACGGAAGGGAUUACUUUGAGCUGGUUCUCAUAUCGAACGUAGGGGGUGUUGGAGAGAUCUCAAACGUUUGGAUCCAAGGCUCCAAAACUAAAAACUGGGAGGCCAUGUCAAGAAACUGGGGAUCAAAUUGGCAGAGCUUAUCUUAUCUGAAUGGCCAGAGCCUGUCUUUCAAAGUCCAGACCAGCGAUGGCCAGACCCGGACGGCCUUGAACGUGAUUGCUUCAACCUGGAAGUUUGGCCAGUCCUUCUCCAGCAACGUUCAAUUCUAGUACUGUUUGUAUGGUCUGGUAUCCACUAUCCAGAGUUCACAGCCCACGGCCCACGGCCCACAGCCCACAGCCACAGGGGCAACCUUCUGACCUUACGGGCAUGGUUGGGUUAGUUUUUAUAUAUGUUAAGUGUUUGUGUCAUAUAAUAAUAGAAUAAAAGUAUCUGGGUUGUGGCUGGGUAUGUAACAAGAUAAAAGCCCACCUAGUACAAAGCAUUUAGCAUUUAA